UUGCGGGAAAAAUUGAACUGAAGAAAGGUGAGAGAAGCGGAGAAGGCCAUGUGGGGAAGGUUGAAGCAAUUCGACGCCUACCCAAAGACUCUGGAGGACUUUAGAGUCAAGACCUACGUCGGAGCGUCAAUAACGCUGGUCAGUGGAGCAAUUAUUGUUAUCCUCUUUCUCUCGGAACUGGCCUACUUUCUCUCCACUGACGUUCGCGAGGAGCUGUUUGUGGACACGAGCAGAGGAGAGAAACUGAGGAUCAAUUUCGACAUCGACUUCCCCCGAAUGCCAUGCGUCUAUCUGAGUAUAGACGCUAUGGAUGUGUCUGGAGAGCACCAGUUGGAUGUGCUGCACAGUGUCUUCAAACAGAGGCUGGGUGCGGAUGGCAAGCCCAUCGAGGAGACGGUGGAGCAGUACCAAAUGGGAGGAGAGGGGGAAGAGGGAGGGGAGGAGGGGAGGGAAGGGGAGGGACAGGUGGCCUUGGCUGGGAAGAAGGAGUGUGGAAGUUGCUAUGGAGCUGAGUCGGAGGACAUGCCGUGUUGCACGACGUGUGAGGAAGUAAGGGAGGCGUAUCGCAAGAAGGGCUGGGCCAUCUCCAACCCAAAGGAGAUAGCUCAGUGUGUUGAUGAAGGUUGGACUGACCAGCUCAGGGAUCAGGUGGACGAGGGUUGCAACGCCAAAGGUUCCAUCGAGAUCAGCAAAGUUGCCGGCAACUUUCAUUUUGCUCCGGGGAAGAGUUUCCAGAGCCAUUCAGUCCAUGUUCAUGACAUUCAGCCGUUUGGAACGAAGAAGUUCAACCUGACCCACACCAUUCGCCAUCUGUCAUUUGGGGAGGACUAUCCAGGACAGACACACCCCCUCGAUGGGUAUCAACAAGUCGCCACUGAAGACCCUCCCACUGGUGGGGUGAUGUACCAAUACUUUGUCAAGAUAGUUCCAACAGUCUACAAGAACAUAUCAGGCUCUGUACUACAGACCAACCAGUUUUCUGUGACAAAGCAUAAGAAAAUAUCAAGAGCACAGCACGGAGACUCAGGGUUGCCGGGUGUGUUCUUCAUGUAUGACCUGUCACCCAUGAUGGUCACCCUGACCGAGACCAGUCGUUCCCUCACCCACUUCUUGACUGGUGUGUGUGCCAUUGUGGGUGGAGUCUUCACAGUGGCAGGGAUGGUGGACGGAAUGCUCUACCACUCACAACGAGCACUGAAAAAGAAGAUAGAACUCGGCAAAGCCACGUAGCACAUCGUCAUGACAUUACGGCUCUUCUUUCAAUUCCUUUAUACAUUUUUCUAUGCUAACAUGUGGGUCUAUGAGUUGUGGUAAUGUGGUGACAGAGGCUGUGUUUAAAUUUGGGGUGGUAUGUACAUUGGGCAGUUUCUAAACAUGUGCACCUAGGAAGCAAACAGUUAGAAGACUUGAAUGAUGUAAUAUAUAGCAGCCCAAUUCAUUGGCAACUGCCCUUUCCUUCUGAAGACGUGCACCCAGAUUUACAUUCCGUGAUUACAUUCCAGGCCAAUUGUGUUGUUGGGAGAGUGAGAGAGGAAAUCCCUGAAAUGGUGUCCUGUUGUGCUGAUCUGGGCCCAAGCCAUAUCACCACAGAACAUGGAUGGUUAUUGCUCAAUAAUAGGCAGUCAGCAUGUCAGCAUGUUGGGCCAAGACACCCAGUACACAAAGCACAUGAAAAAUACAACACGUUACAACAACACACAAGUGUGUGGAGAGACGGUAGUUUGUGACAGCAAGCAGCAGUUUGAAGGGUAGGUGUGGAGGUUGUAGCAGUGAAGACUAAAGUCGUAGGAGUGGGUGUCUUAUGAGGAUGCGAGGUGCGCAAAAAAGGAAAACUAAAAGCAAAAAAGUACUAAAAGAAAAAAACUAUGGUGGAGUGGUGGAACUCUGGGCUCAGUAGAAUUUCCCCUUCUUGAUGGUGGGCACCGUCUGGUCUGCGAGGGGUGCCGGUAACAAAGGUUCAUCGGUUGCCUUCUCGAACCAGGGGUGAUGGAGGAGGAUUUCAGCAGGCACCCUUCUGGCAGGGUCAUAGGCCAACAGGGAGCUGAUGACAUUCCUCCCAAGACGAGACACACCCUCCGGUACCCCGUAGUUACCACUGCGGAUCUUGGUGAAUAGCAUCUGCGGGUUGGUGUCGAAAAACGGGUAGUGUCCGACAAGCAGUGUGUACAGGAUGACCCCCAGACUCCACAGGUCAGCAGCCUGUCCACUGUAGCUGCCAGGGAGGAGCAUCUCCGGGCAGAUGUAUGCCGGGCAGCCGUGACGGUCAGUCAGAAUGUCUGAUCCAUUGUGCAGGUGGGCAUCAUCUAGAGUAUGAAGCCUCAGCUUUGUCUUUUUCUCGUCUUCAAAUACAAAUUUCUUCAGCUUCAAGUCUCGGAGCACCACAUUCUUGCGGUGUGCGUCUCUCACAAGAACUACUAUCUGCCUAAAUAUGCUCGCAGCGAUUCCUUCCGUCAGUUUUCGUCGCUGCUUCAAGAAGUUGUGUAGAUCGCCAAACGGCCUGGGAGAAAACACGUAGAACUUGUCGUUGAGUUUAGUCACAUCCAAAACCUUGUGAACUCCUUCAAUGUCACUGUAAAUUAGUGGAGCUAGGGCCAAGAAAGUUUUAGCUGGGUACUCUUUGCAGUGGCGUAGCUCCCGAGUACGGAGGUCUACUGCGUGGUGCUGGUCCGCUUCUUUGUGGCUCAGGUUGACGACGUAAUGUCCCAGGGUGAGGAGCUCGCUGUCUGCGGGGAAGGGGAGAGGAGGGCAUCUGGCGCACUCGUUAGUCUCUUCGGACUGUUCUUUUAGCUGGUGAAGGAACGUAGCCAGAGACACCAUGACACUCUAAAGGCGCGGCAGCUCUGCGUCAACGUGGGCGCACGCGGUAGAACCAACUACAGCCACAGUUACGUCGGGCGAGAAGACAGCGAAGGGGUGAAAUUCGCGGGCGUGUGUCGGGUGGAGGUCGGUGGUUUCAAACUGCUUCUUCGCGUUGUUACCUAGGUGAGAGGGCCUGCGGGCAUCGGAGGGAAGAGUUGCGCGAUCGUUUCCCGUCGUCCGUCCUGCGGUGUCGAGUCGCGGCCCAGCUCGCAGCUCUGAAACCGUCUCCACGGCUUCAAAUCUAGCAAGACAGGGUCACCAUAGCCUGGUAAAGUAGAGAGAGCCAGUCAAUAGGUCGUGUUGUAGGUCUUGCGCAAGAGUCCCUGGCCACCAACUUAUCCCAACCACUGCCCUGCCCUCUCUUUCGUCAGCCAACCCUUGCCGUGUUUUGAAUGGG